UCGAUUUUAUUUUACUAGUAUUUGCUGUAAAAUUCUUUUUGUUUUUCACUUUUUCUUGCGAUGUCUUUUCGUAAACUGCAUGAACGAAACUCUAAGCACUAAGGAUAUUUCCAACAGAAACAAUGAGCGGAAUAAGAUUCGUUGAUGCACUAAAGAGGAUAGGUUAUGGCAGCAAAUUGUCUGCAGAAAGUUUUGACUGGAUGUUUGAAAGCGAAGAUACUUUACCAUUUCUUGAGUGGUUUUGUGACAGUGUUCACGCACAGAAUGUAAUUACAGAUGAAGAAUUAAAAGGCUUUGAGGAAUUGACAAUUUCUGGGAAAGGGAUACUGGAAGGAGAAAACCUUAUGGAAGCUUUGAAGAACUUACAAGCUUUAGAAACAAAUGAAAGCAGUGAAGAAGAAGUGAGAGAAGAAACUCAGUUCUUAAUGGAAGAAAAACAGAUCUUAGAAGAACGACUGGAUGCACUAAUCAAGCAAAGAAACAAAAUGAACAUUAUGAGCACUGCAUUUAACCAUAAACUGACAAAAAUGAACGCAUUAGAGAAUGAUGCAAAAGCCAAAUACAAGACGUCUUUGGAGCAAGCCUAUUCAGACAAUGCAAUGCUUAAUAAAAGUAUGGAAGAUCUUACAAAAACUGUGACAGAAUUUACUCAAAUGUAUGAUCUGCCUGCAGCACCAAUGGAAAAAGAGACAGCGACAUUCGUCUCACAGCUUUCCCUGGAUGAUUACCACAAAGCUGAAGAAGGUUUUACAAGUGAGUUGACAAAGUACACAAAGAAACAAUUUUUUGAGGGAAUUGCCGAACUGGCAAAUGGCAGUGAAAAAUCACGGUACACUUUCCUAGAAAUCAGCGAUCCUGCAACAUUGUUAAUCAAAGGUGAAGCGGAAGAUGUUACGACUGGUGAUAUUAAAGAGUUAAAAAGACUGAAGGCAAUCUAUCCAAUGAGCGAAAUCAAGAGAAUACAGGCGCAAGCAAAGAAUCAUGGGCUAAACGCAGCUAUUACACAUUCGCGAGGAAAACUCUACCGUCUUACAAACCAACCGCAUACGUCAGAUAUCAGUACUUUAAGGCAACUUCUUCAAGAAUAUCAACAUAAACUUACACAGACCCGAGAUCGUACAGCAGAAUUAACAUCCCGAUAUUUGUCACCGCUUGUCCAAGAACUGGGGAAACUGCAAGCAAAUAAAAUUUUGCGAGGAGAUUACGAUUUGAAAAUCGCUCGCCAAGACUAUUUUGUUUCAAAACAAGAUCAGGUGAUUAACCAGCUGAUGCUUCAAAGAUCACGCUAUGAAUUUUUAUCAAUGCUUUUGGAAGUUGAAGCUCGUAAACACCGCGACUCUCAUCAUUUGCUUGGCGCUGUUCGAACAUUACUCGAGGGAGACGCUGAUAUGGUGGGGAGAAGAUAUGAAGUUAUGUCAAAUCCAUUAUUACGAGAUGAUAAAAAGAGGGAUACUAUUGAUGUUCGUGAUUUAUUUUUGACUCGUCUGUAUAAAUUGCUUGAUGAGCCGGAUGAACUGACGAAAAGAUCAUCAAUAUUCAUCACGUAUGACGGUUUGCGAAAGAAAGCUGAAGAUUUGAAAAAUAACGAAGUAAACAUGAAGAAUGAAUUGGCUGCUGUGGAUUCAUCUCAGAACGAAAGCAUUGAGCAUUUAGAAAGAAGUUUACGUGAAUAUAAACAAAUGGUUUACGGAAAUUCUGCCACGUCUGGUGGGCUGCCACAACUACAAACACAAGUCUUGUCUGAUGGAAUUAAUCAAUUAAGUGAAGUGUUGGCCACACUUGAAAAUUCUAUCAUGGAUGUAAAGAAAGAUUGCGAAUCAAAGAAAAGAGUACUCAGUGCUGAUUCGUUGAAUUUAAUGGAGCGGGAACUAUUUGUGCUUUUCUUCACUGAUCCUCAGCGACUGAAACGAACUAUGUCAGACCUGGCAGCAAGAGUAGAAGCUCAGAUAGUAUCUGCAGAUUAAAGAUAUAAUAAAGAGAUAUAAUUCAAAUCACGCAAGACCGACAAGACGUUACUGGAAGGCUGUAGACUGCGCAUUUGGACAGUUAUUCGGUGAGUGGCAGUGCCAUAUAGUAAUACUACACCGGAUUCAAGGUCACUGUACUCUAGUCCCAGCCUAAAAUUAGGCUAUGGCACUGUACAUUGAAAUGUAUAGGAAAAUUCCUAGACGCGUUAUCCAUCAACUAAGCAAAGCAGACGCGAAGCCUACUGUCUAUUGCUCUCAGCUUGCGUUUUUCGAACCCAAACCCUGACAACAUGCGGUGAAACUUCAACUUUUAUCAAUGCACGACGAAAGUUGAAAAUUUAUAAUAUAAUCAUGCAUAAGAAAUUAGAAUUCCGGUUUUUGUUUAAAUUCAUCCAAGAUAUUAAUCUUGGAUGCUAUUGUUUGCUAAGUUAUCGGAAAUAAUCGGCUGCAUCGGGCGAUUACCGAUGCAUGCAUGCCGCGACGGUUGAGAUUAGGUUACACGCCAGUUUUUCACACUUUCCGGCAUAAAAUCAAUCAACUUUGCUAGUGCCUGUUGGUUGUAGUUUUUCUUUGAUACGCAAUGACUAGUUUGCAUCAAUUUUCCCGGCUCGGAAUUCAUCAAUGUUCCUUAUCAUUCAGUAAUAACCAAAUCUGGCACAGCGACACAUGACGUAAACAAUAUUCGAGGGUGAAUCGUUUGUUCCCACUCGCACUUGCCCCGUACGUACCCCUAGUUUUUUUCUGACGUGGUGUUUUGCUUAUUGCAAGGCAGAUACAUUUAAUUCGAAAUGUCGCCAAAUUAUAUUAAAACCUGACGGGAUUAUCUCAUUAUUAAUGUAUAGUAUAUUUGCCCUUGCUAUUUAUGCUUUUAUAUGCAUGCGUGGGGUCGAAUAAUCUAUAAGGAAAUGAAACUUAGUCUCGUAUUUCGAAGCCUUCUUCGCACACACGACCAAAUUUCACCUGCGCCGGACACAAAACAUCUAUUCUCGAAAAAUAAAGAUUUUCAUUUCUCGAAACGUCAAAGAGUAGAUCUUAUUAUGCAUAGAACGAUUCCACAAAACGCUUGCCCUGAUUCACGACGAUACAUUGAUCUACCAAUGGUCAUUAAAAAAAUCUGGUAUAGCCAACUUACGUAGCUAGUUACGCCCCACAAUCUAGGUUAUAAAAACGAGUGUAUAAUCAAGUACUAAUCAAGUACUAUGGAACUUCGAAGGUUCUGAGCUAAAUUGGGAUAGACUGCAGAAAAUACCAAUGAAGGUUUUUGAGUCAUUUUCUUGCAUAAAAGUUUUACAAUUAAAGUUAAUACUAUAUAAAUGCAUGGUGUUCGCGUGACGUCAGGCUGGCCAUGGUGGUGCAUCCCUCACAGACCCCUGCAUGUGUUCAAACAAUAAUAUUCUAGUGGUAACCUUUUCUAAUAGAACUGUGAGUCAGGAACAGACUUAAUAAACUGCAAUUGAGAAUAAUUCUCGCAUUGAUACUCGUAUAUAGUCAUCAAAUAGAAGGGGAAAAAGCAUCAGUCAUAAAAAUUGUAUGAUUCCUGUCGACUAAUUAUAUAUAAUAAAAUUUGUUUGAGAUAAAUGUUUGUAUGGCCGAAAACAUGCAUCCUUAUAUGGUUAAAGGCAAAGUGAUUUUCAUCUUUUCAGCCGUAUAUAUAUUAAUUCAGCAAAUAUUCUGUGAGUAUAUUCCGUGAAGCACGACAACGCCGCUUGUUGACAACUGUUGCAUGGAUUGUCCAUUAUUUUAAGAGUUAAAAGUUUUUUGAAGGAUUUCAUAUAGUAUAUAAAACGUUAUUUGUAAACAUGCACUUACCCAAUUUUUGUAAUAGGCAUGCAGUGAAUUUGACUUCGUCAAUUUUGAUGUAUAAUACUCUUGGGUUCAAUUUAAAACAUAUUUUUCUGGAAUUGUAUUACUGGAGACUGGAGUUGAAAUAUGUAGUGCUUUCUGGCAAUGACGACUAAGUUGUCGAUUCUGCCAGUUUUCAACAUUUUGGUUGUAUGCACUCAAGCAAAUCCGAAGUGUCUAACGUAUGAAUUUUAACGACAAAUGUGGGGUUUAAUAUGUUUGUUUAGAGGAUUAACAACAAAGUCAGUAGCUACAUGAUUAAGCUGAAUGUUUUGCCUUGCAACGGAUAUUUUGUACAGCCGUUGAAUUUCACUAUAUCACUAUAACUAUAACUAUAAGUUCAUAUACAGGAAAACUAAUAAUCAAACGGCAAGUUCAGUCUAUAGAACAC